AUCUAAACAAACGCCAUAUUGGACAGGUAAAAAAAACCGCGAGUCUUUCUCAGUCGUUCAAACUCUACAUUCGUGUUUAUAGGGUGUUACAAAUGCCUAAAAUAUGGCCAUAUAGUGGCUUACUGCGAAGAAAUGUGGAGGACACCAUGAAUAUGGACCAAGGUGAAGUUAAUUUCAAAUUGGACCGACGACAUCCAGCCAAGCCGAAGGUUUGUCCCCGGCCGACUUUGGAGGUUCAUGCGGCGGAUGUCAGCCCGUGCAGACUCGUACAGAGAGCGUGUGAAGGUGGGGGAUGGGAAGGUCUCUGCGACUGGCCCAGACUGCAGAUGGGAGUAAACGUGAAGGAACAAAGGAAGGAGAAGUUAGAAGCCCGCUACCAGUCUGGUCAGGAGCCACGAUGGAUACAAUACCAUGCAUUUUACUUCUGCUGCUUUUCGCCACCAUCAUACCAGAAAACACAGGCCUCCAGUGUCACUGUGAGCGCUGCAGUGCCAACUCUAGCUGCACUACAGAUGGUGUCUGUUUCGUCAAUAUUCGCAAGACUGGCACACGCUUGACGACGGAGCUGCGCCAGUGUAUUCACAAUAAAGAACUGCUCCCGCGGGAUCGCCCCUUCAUAUGUGCACCCUCCUUCAAGCAUGAUACAGGCUUUUAUCCCAUUUGCUGUGACACGGAUUACUGCAACAAGGACCCUGACCUCAAAGAUUUACCAGUCCCAACUGUGAAGACUCCACCGUUGGGACCUGUGGCUCUUGCUGCCGUGAUUGCCGGACCAGUUUGUGUACUCUGCUUGCUGCUCGUUUUGGCUUUUUAUGUCUGCCAUAGCCACCGGGGCCUGGGGGCUGGCGGGGCUGGAGCCCACCAUCACCACCACCACCGGGUACCUAAUGAAGAAGAUCCCUCAAUGGACCAUCCCUUCAUCACGGUUGGAACAACACUGAAGGACCUUAUCUAUGACAUGACCACCUCUGGUUCUGGAUCAGGCCUGCCACUUCUUGUCCAGAGAACCAUCGCUCGAACCAUCAUCCUACAGGAGAGCAUAGGGAAAGGGCGUUUCGGCGAGGUGUGGCGAGGUAAAUGGCGUGGUGAGGAAGUGGCUGUGAAGAUUUUCUCCUCCCGGGAAGAGCGGUCUUGGUUCCGAGAGGCUGAGAUCUACCAGACCGUGAUGCUGAGACAUGAGAAUAUUUUGGGCUUCAUCGCCGCAGACAACAAAGAUAAUGGCACAUGGACUCAGCUGUGGCUGGUGUCAGACUACCAUGAGCACGGCUCCUUGUUUGACUACCUGAAUCGCUACACUGUCACCGUUGAAGGCAUGAUCAAACUAUCUCUGUCUACAGCCAGUGGCUUGGCACACCUCCACAUGGAGAUUGUGGGCACACAAGGUAAACCAGCAAUUGCCCACAGAGAUCUGAAGUCAAAGAACAUUCUGGUAAAGAAGAAUGGGACCUGCUGCAUUGCAGACCUGGGUCUAGCUGUCCGGCACGACUCAGCUACUGACACCAUUGACAUUGCUCCAAAUCACAGAGUGGGAACAAAAAGGUACAUGGCCCCAGAAGUACUGGACGACUCCAUCAACAUGAAACACUUUGAAUCUUUCAAGCGGGCGGAUAUUUAUGCCAUGGGAUUGGUCUUCUGGGAGAUUGCCAGUCGUUGCUCCAUGGGAGGGAUUCAUGAGGACUACCAGCUGCCAUACUAUGACCUGGUUCAGUCUGAUCCAUCAGUGGAAGAAAUGAGGAAGGUGGUUUGUGAGCAGAAGCUUCGCCCUAACAUUCCCAACCGUUGGCAGAGCUGUGAGGCGUUACGUGUCAUGGCUAAGAUCAUGAGGGAGUGCUGGUACGCUAACGGCGCUGCCCGGCUCACCGCCCUGCGGAUUAAGAAGACUUUGUCACAGCUCAGCCAACAGGAGGGCAUCAAAAUGUAGACAAACUACCAAACAUGCACACAAACACAUUUCAGACUGGCAUCCAUGUUAUUAGCAUUACAUUGACAUUAUUAUUAUUAUUAUUAUUAUUAUGCAUUAAUUGUUCUUCCCCUCCGCAUUGCAAGGGAAGGUGAGACAUUCUUUUUUUUUAUCUACUUAUAACUCACUGAUUGGUGAGUUUUGCAUUUAAAGCAGAAGACUUGUGUUGCACACCUGAAUCCGUCGAUGGAUUUGCGGGUAACAGAAGAAGGGCGUGCUCACACUCGGCCAUUCAUGCCAAGCUCCAUUUAGGUACCAUCCCCUCUCCCUCUCCUGGUCUGGCCAGUGCUCACACUGAGCUUUGGUGAGUCAGCCCUUUUGCUUCUACGCCGCUCUGUUGUCUCGGUGGAAUAUUUUCAUUCUUAUUCUGAGUCCUUCGGGUGAAUUACUUAUGAUCACGUUUCUCAAAUGACACACACCAACAGUGGUUUGUGGGUAAGCUAUCGUGCCAUAGGUUUUGACUUUUGGAUUAUUUUGAGGAUUCCUAUUUAUUUCUGUAACGGAAAUCGCGACCCUCCUCUUUCAAUUGUGCCAAAGCAGGGGAAGCGUACCAAACUUUACACCAGCCAAACGUAUGAUUGGCCUAGCGUGAGUACACCCUUAAUCUAAUGAGGGACGUCAGUGCCUGAGAUCACCUUGUAACACAAAGACUUUUCAGGACCCAUCGGGGCGUGGCCACCCCAGCCUGGCCUUCUUUGCUCAGACCUCCAGUCUGCUGGCGUCACCUCUGAGCUGCCUUACAUGUUAAUCACCACCGCCUCGUUUGCAUUAUUUAGCAUUUCAUUCUUCACCUCAAUUGAGCUACUCUGGAAGGGGGGAUGCAUUGACGGCGUCGAUGCGAUCUGUCUCAAUAGCCCCAAUCACCGAGACGUUUGUGAAGGAAUGUAACGUUGCGAAGUCCUCCCACAGUACUCGUAGCACUGAAAAUAUUACGACACUCAAAAUGUCUCAUCAACUUGGUUUGGAUUUUCCUACUAAUGUAUUGUUAAUACGUGUUAUUUUCCCAUCACCCUGUUGUUUAUCAAGGCGGUGGAAAGGUCUGUUUAAUUUAUUAUUUUUUUUGUUCCUUUUUCUUUGAGCUAAAAAACUGGACAUGACAACUUCACUGAGUUUUAGCAGAGACGCUGCAUCAUAUGCAAUUUACAGUAGAUCAAGUUUUCUCGACUCUGGUAAAACCACAAACAACAAUCAGCUGCCACCAUGCCUUCCAGUACAGCUGUUAGCAGGAAGUGCCAGUGCUUUAAGGAAAACCCAACUCCUGUCAUGUCCGCUGCUGGGCAAGGCAUUUCUCUCUUGCAUUUAUGCAGCUCUGUGUGUGCGAGAGAGGGAGUGAGUGUGUGUCAGGAGCCAUGUGGAAGCCCAUCUGAGCAUAAAGUAGCUCAUACUAUGCACACUCUAAAAGAGCAGGAGGGAAGCAACACCUCAACAACAACCUCUACUCUCUGGUUCCAUCUCACCCUGCCCUCAUGCAAGUCAACACACAAACACCUCAGCAACAAUCUUUUGGACAACUUGUCCUCUCAGUGGACUGUGGCAAGCCAUGAUCUUUGUUUGGGGCGCACGGCGACACAGCACGUCUCCUUUUUGUGUUCCAGUGCAAAGUGGGCGGGUUUUUUUUCUGUUUAGGUUUAACAACAAAGGAUUCAUCUAAAAAUAGCAAGUAGAUGUGUACUAAGCCAUAGGUUGUCAAACUUGUGUAAAUACGACAGUGGUGCCUCGGUUUUUGUUAGUGUUCAAUGAAGGCUGAAUUGUUCAUAAACAAUUUUCCUUUGAGAAAUAACGUUCCAGACUUUAAACACAUUUUAUGGAGAAUAAUUAUAGUUUUCCUUGCAGAAACCAAUGUGAAAUACUUUAUAAAUGAUUAAUAAAAACUGAGAGCCACAUUCCCACUUUGCUACGAGUACUUUCUUGAAAUCUUUAUCAAAGUGCUGGCACUCGCAACUUUCUUUGGCCCCAUAACAGAUUAUUUUGCGUUCAUACGCCACAAAAAGGUACAUAAACUGAAUCAUUAAAGCGUGGGAUUCUUUGAUUGGGUACUAGUUUGUUACGGCAAAAACCGGGGCAAACUUUUGGGUUGAAAUUCAAAUUGUACAAAAACUGAGGUGCCACUGUUUAUAUAAUAUAUAUCUAUAUACUGUAUAAAUAUAUGUAUAUAUGCUUCAGAGAGCCAGUAUCUUCUGCAGUGAACAUUUGGGUUUUGCAUUUAUGCCAAAAUGUGUAAAUCUUGACAAAACCAGUCUUUCCUCGUCACAUCACCCUUCAGAAAUUGCAGCUUCACUAUAUCGCAGAUUCACUUUAGUGUGUUUUUUAAAUAAAUAACUAAUUUUCAAGCAUAAAGAUGUCUAAAUGAACUAAAAUAUUAAUA